UUACGGAUUAUUACAUUAUGGAAUACUGUAAUAGAAAAAAGGUAAAAAAAUUAAUAAAUUGCACAGAGAAAACAGGUAAAGAAAGAAAGAUAAAAAUUCAAAAAGAGGAAAGCAAAAGCAUCUGAAAACUCUGAACCGUUACCACCUCACUCACUUUCUCACUAUCACUUCACUCCACUUUCUCUCUCCUCCAUUUUCACUCCUCCCUUCUCACAGACUACUACUCUACACUACUAUCUUCCUCCUUUCUCCCUCCUCUGCAACAAUCUAGGGUUUAUGGAUUCCCCCAAUUUCCCGAUAAUGUGAAUUAGGGUUAGGGUUUACCUCCCUUCCAUUUUCGAAAUUCCUUCAAAUCUGGCCCCAAAUCCAUGGGAAAUUGCUGCAGAUCUCCGGCUGCUGUUGCAAGGGAGGAUGUAAAAUCCAAGCAAUCCGACAACAAGAGGAGAGAGAAAAACAACCUACAUUCUUCCGCCAAGAAGUCGUCUUCUUCGUCUUCGAUCACUGUUUUGCCCGACGUUCCUAAAGAAUCGAUCGACGAGAGGUAUUUAGUUGAUAGAGAGUUAGGGCGAGGUGAAUUCGGCGUUACUUACUUGUGUAUCGAUCGAGGUUCGCGUGAAUUGCUUGCUUGUAAGUCGAUUUCCAAGCGGAAGCUGCGAACUGCAGUGGACAUUGAUGAUGUUAGGAGAGAAGUUGCGAUUAUGAAGCAUUUGCCCAAGAGUUCGAGUAUUGUGACGUUGAAGGAGGCUUGUGAGGAUGAUAAUGCGGUGCAUUUGGUGAUGGAGCUUUGCGAAGGCGGCGAGCUUUUCGAUCGGAUCGUUGCUCGGGGGCAUUAUACGGAACGAGCCGCGGCUGCCGUGACUAGAACGAUUGUGGAGGUGGUGCAGCUUUGUCAUAAGCAUGGUGUUAUUCAUAGAGACUUGAAGCCGGAGAACUUUUUGUUUGCUAACAAGAAAGAGAAUUCCCCGUUGAAGGCUAUUGAUUUUGGCCUCUCAAUAUUCUUUCAGCCAGGUGAACGGUUCUCUGAAAUUGUUGGAAGUCCCUAUUACAUGGCUCCUGAGGUGCUCAAGCGAAAUUAUGGUCCUGAAAUUGAUAUAUGGAGUGCAGGGGUUAUUCUGUAUAUAUUAUUGUGUGGAGUUCCUCCAUUUUGGGCAGAGUCUGAGCAAGGUGUGGCACAGGCCAUUCUACGUGGUGCUAUAGAUUUCAAACGAGAUCCAUGGCCUAACAUUUCAGAGUGUGCAAAGAGUUUGGUUAGACAAAUGUUGGAACCUGACCCAAAGAAAAGACUAACAGCAAAACAAGUACUUGAGCAUUCAUGGCUACAAAAUGCCAAAAAGGCUCCGAAUGUACCCCUUGGAGAUGUUGUAAAAUCAAGGCUAGAGCAGUUUGCCAUGAUGAACAGAUUCAAGAGGAAGGCUUUGAGGGCCAUUGCCGAGUUCUUGUCUGCUGAAGAAGUUGAAGAUAUAAAGGAAAUGUUUAAAAAGAUAGACACAGAUGAGGAUGGAAUCGUUUCUGUUGAGGAACUGAAAGUUGGGCUUCUUAAACAUGGCUCCCAGCUUGGAGAGUCUGAAGCACAGCUGCUUAUCGAAGCCGUUGACACUUUCGGAAAAGGAACACUAGACUAUGGAGAAUUUCUUGCUGUUUCCCUUCAUUUACAGAGAAUGGGCAAUGACGAGCACCUUAGAAAAGCAUUCUCCUACUUUGACAAGGAUGGCGAUGGCUAUAUUGAACCUGAAGAGCUCCAGAAUGCCUUGAUGGAAGAUGGAGUUGAGGAUUGCAUUAAUGUUGCCAAUGACAUCUUCCAGGAGGUUGACACAGAUAAGGAUGGAAAAAUAAGCUUUGAUGAGUUUGCUGCAAUGAUGAAAACUGGAACUGACUGGAGAAAGGCCUCUCGGCAUUAUUCGAGAGGAAGAUUUAACAACCUAAGCAUGAAGCUUUUGAAGGACGGUUCUUUGAAAUUGGGAGCCGAGUGAUAACAGGUUUAGGUUUGUGUUUGUCCCCUCCUACACGACCUAAUACUUGGUCAUUUUGCAUAUAUUUGGACCUGUUUUCUUUAAUCAUGUCAUUGAUUUUUGGGGGGCUGCUGAUUGGAUUGAGUAGUGUUUUCUGGCUUGCAAGGUCAAAUCGGAGUUAUGUUUGUAAAAUCUCUUGUCAAAUAUUAAUGAAAAGACUGCCUUUUUGGCCUUAGGUACGGCGAAUGUAUCAUGUUCCUCUUGCUGCUACAGCAAUGUAUUCGUUUUUGGUGAAGAAAAUAUCAGGGUUUUAUCCUCUUAC